AUGGCUGAAAUCGAAGACGGCGAACUCGCGGCCAAGAAGAGGCGGUGGAAGUGCCUCAACCAACUCACGGCACUUCUGUCCGAAGGCACCGUCCGCCUCGAAGAUUUGGUGUCCGAACUCGAAAAGGAUCAAAACCCACCAUUGGAGCCUUUCUCUUUCUCAAGAAAGGCCAAGCGGUCUCCACGAACCGGGUCAAAACUGACCCACGAAGAUAAACCCGAAUCCAGCUCUGCCCGGGUCAAGAUAACGUUCAAGAACCUUCCUCCCGCGGCCGGGCGCCUCCCAAUCAAGAGAAAAAAGGUUUCCGAAAAUACCCUCCCGAAACCCAAGAAGAAGCAGCCGAGGUUUGAUAUCCGGAAGCACAUCAUGACCGAGUUUCCCGGGUUACCCGACCCGGUCCAGCCCGAGUUAUCCGGGUUACCCGAUCCGGACCCGCCCAGUGAGUUUGUGGAGUACAUUAUGAGGAACAAUGGUCGAGCGGAGAGCUUGGUGUUGCUGAUAGAAAAGAAACUGUUCAAUACGGACGUCAGCCCGAGCCACGCCAGGCUGUCAGUGCCGUUUUGCCAGGUGAAGAGACCGUUUUUGUUGAAGGAGGAAGUUGAGAAGCUCAAGGCAGAUAGGGUAAUGAAGGUGAAGCUAUUGCAGCCCAACGUCAAAAAGUGUAGUUUGAGUUUGGCGUUGUGGGAAUCCAACUCCACCUAUGUGUUGAAUGGCGGGUGGACAGAGGUUAUGGAUACAAAUAAGCUGGUGAUUGGGACAAGUGUUCGCCUCUGGUCUUACCGUAAGACCAAUUCUAAACUGCGUUUCGUAUUGGCAAAGGUUGAGUGA